AUGAGGCAAUGCCACGCCAGCAUCACUCAUAGCUGCGAUUCCCCACUCUCUUCCCUCGUCCUCCUCACCCCAACCCCCCACCCACUCACCACCGUCACCAGCAUCACCAUCAUCACCACCAUACCCAUCACCACCAUACCCAUCACCACCAUACCCAUCACCAGAUGCAGACACUACCUGAGGCAAAUGAAACCCUCCUACCACCACUGCUCCCGCCUCUCCUUCCCCUCCUUCUCCCCCUCCACCUCCUCCUCCUUCCCCUCCGUCCCUUCCUUCCCCUGCUCUCCAACCCCCUCGUUCCCCUCCUUCCCCUCCUUCCCGGCCUUCCCUACCCCCUCCCUUCCCCCUUCCCCUCCCCCUUCCCCUACCCCUAGCCCCUUCCAUCCCCUCUCCCUUCCCCUCAGUUCCUGUUCCACCUCUUCCCCGUCCACGUCCCCUACCCCUUCCGCCCUCUGCUCCCUCCUCUCUUCCACCCUCCCCUCUCUCACUCUCACCACCAAGAAGAGCCGAUACCCUCCCCCUUCCCCUACCCCUGCCCCUUCCUCCUCUCAAUUGUUGAACCCCGAUUUCUCCCCCAAGCCCAGCCUCUCCCCCAAGACCCGCCUCUCCCUCACCCUCCACCUCUCCGUCAACUCUCGCCUCCCCCCCCCUCCGCCCUCUUCCUCUCCCUCUGCUCCCCCUCCCGCCACCUCUUCCCCCUUUCACUCCCCUCCCCUCAAACUCCCCGCCUAUCUCACUACCCUCCGCCCCCCCUUUAGCCCUCCUCCUUUCUCCUCCUGCUACUGCUUCACCCUCUGUCCCUCUCACCCCUGCCAUUCUUCCCCUCUCCUUUCCCCCUUCUCCCCCUGUUCCCCCUUUCCCUCUCCCCCCUCUUCCUCCUCCCCCCAUCCCUCCCAGCAGCCCUUCAAUCUCCUCCAACAACCAAUCAUCACCCUCACCCUCUCCCCCUCCCCUCCCACACUUCCCCACACCUCCACCUGUCCUCCCUCCCCUCCCCCUCAUCCCCACACCCCCAGCUGCUCCCACUCCCCUCCCCCUCGUCUCCCCAUCCCCAUCACCUUGGGAUGGCGCAAUAAAAGGAUAACCUCUGGCGGACCCUCCCACCUGCUGCUGAUAACCUCUGGCGGACCCUCCCACCUGCUUUUGAGAAUUCUCAAAAGCGACUCUGGCGGACCCUCCCACCUGCUGCACGGACAGGCUGCAGAUUUGCCGGGCAAACUCCAACAGCGCCUCGCGGGUGAACUGGCCAAUCAAACGGAGCGUUCUGAAGGUGGUGAUGCUUUGGGAUUGGGAGAUUCUUAUGAAGACUACGACGAGAUAUCCGGGAUGAUGACUCAGCGUCAGGAGGACGCCACGUGGCACAAUCAGCAAUCAGAUGACCUGGAAACUCAGGAGCAGAACGGUGCACUGGGGAAUGGAGGCGGUGGACGAAGGGAGCAGGAAUCUUCUGAAACGUCACACGACCUUUCCUACCACUUUCGGGGUAGAGAAGAAAGAACCAAUGGUUCCUACCACGACCUUCCUAGAGAAGGAAGAGCCACAAUGGUCGUCAUUCGUUCAAGGGAGGGGCGAGGGUGUGGGGGUGGGAAGGGGGAUGCUACAAUGGAGGAGCGAGUGAGUGAAUGGGGGAGGGAGAGUGGGGUCAGUGUACAAGAGCAGAGUGAUGAAUUUGUGAGUGUGAGCGUAGUGAGUGAAAGAGGUGUGAGUGGGAGGAGGCAAGAUGAGGAAGAGGAGGCAGAAGAGGAGGAGAAGGAGCAUGUGGAGGAGGUGUUGGGAGAAGAGGAGGGUGAGGAUGAGGAUGAUGUGAUUGAGGUUUCAGACUCAGAUGGUGAGAGUGAGAAGGAGGAGAAGAGGCAAGGCGAGGAGGGAAAAGGGGAAGGUGGGGAGGAAUGUGAUGAGAAAGAUGAUGAGGAGUGCGAGGAGGAAGGGGACAUGGUAGAGGAGGUGUAUGGGAGCGUGGAAGAGGCUGACGCGGACUGUCCAAUCUGCGGGUGCCACCUGUCCCACCUGAAGCCAAUCAGACGCGAGCAGCACUCCAACGCAUGCCUGGAUGCCCGUGGAAGGGGCAAAGCGAAAGAGCAAACGGAGAUGCGCAGAAUUGGGGUUGAUAGUGGCACAGGGGAGGAAGAGGAGGGAGAGGAAAGAGAGGAGGAAGAGGAGGGAGAGGAAAGAGAGGAGGGAGAGGAGGGAGAGGAGGGAGAGGAUGAGAAUUCUGCAAUGGCUAGGAUGCUAUGGAGGAAAAUAGAGGCGGGUGGCAUGGGGAUGACGAUGGGGGCAUGGAGGAGGAGAGAGACGGUGGAGGUGAGGGGGGAGGAGUGCGAGGAAGAGAAGGAGGAAAGGGAGGAGGAACAGGAGGGAAAGGACAAGGGAGAGGAUGGAAGGGGUGAGAAGGAGACGGAAGAAGUGGAAAAAACGGAGAAAGAAAGAAGGCAAGUGGGUGGACAAUCAGGUGGAAAUUCAGACUACAACGGUCUGACCAAAUCUUUCCGCUUUGGCACAGUCUACUGCUCCCCAGUCACUGCCCGGCUCGUGAGACUCCGCCUCGGGCUGCCCGAAGAGAAAAUGUGUGAGCUGCCCAUGGGCCAGCGGGUGGAGAUUGCUGGUGUGGGCGUGACACUGAUCGACGCAAAUCACUGCCCGGGGGCAGUUAUGAUUUUAUUCGAGCCUCCUAACGGGCAGCCAGUGCUCCAUACGGGCGACUUCAGAUGGCAUCCUUCCAUGGCUACUCUGCCGUGCCUCUCUGCCACGCGCAUUCACACACUCAUCCUCGAGACCACCUACUGCCACCCCAAGUACGAGUUCCCUCCUCAGGAAGCGGCGCUGCAGUUUGUCGUGGAGGCCAUUCAAGCAGAGGCCUUCAACACCAACGCGCUCUUUCUCAUCGGCACAUAUACCAUCGGCAAGGAGAAGGUGUUCCUAGAAGCAGCUAAGGCGCUUAAGAAGAAGGUCUAUGUGGGGGCGGUGAAGCGACGCCUGCUGGCAUGCCUGGGGCUCUCUCAUGAUGUCAUGGCGUGGGUGGCUGGGGAUGGCGAGGAAGCUUCCACGAACCUGCAUGCAGUGCCGCUUUGGUCCAUCUCCAGCUUCAAGAGGAUUGAGCACAUUGCCAAGUUCCACAGGCAACGCUAUUCCACCAUAAUUGCAUUUUCACCAUCCGGCUGGGCGUUUGACAAGUGCAAGAAGGCUCGGCCCAUCAGGCGAACACAGCGAGGCACCAUCGUGAGGUAUGAAGUACCCUAUAGUGAGCACAGCAGUUUCUACGAGCUUCAGGAGUGUGUGAAGGCCGUUAACCCGGAAGUAAUCAUUCCAUCUGUGCACAAUCGCGGGCAUGGAGCAGCACAAGCCAUGGUGACAUUACUAGGUGAAGGAGCAGUGUAG